UUUAAGGAGAUUGCAUGGAAGGGGGGUGGGGGGGGGGGGGGUUUAAUAAAUUAUAAGAAUAGUUUUCUUGCUCUGAGGGCAUUUUUCAUGGCCAAAACUUGCUUAUUUGUUAUUUCUUAAGGAUCAUUUUCGCAACCAACUCUCCUUUUUCUUGCCUGUCUUCACUCACUCUCAAGUAAAUUACCUUAUAUAACAAUAUUAUUAGCUCAUGAAACACAGAUAGCAAUUUCUUGAUUUGCUAUUCUACAAUCUGCCAUGGCUGAUAUUGAUUUUCACUCAAAACCCUUGAAGUUGUUUGGGUUCAAUAUCGGGGAAAGAACUGGCAAAGGAUCAAACAAAGCACCACCAGCUGGAGGAUCGCCGGAACUUGACCGUAAAUACGAGUGUCAAUACUGUUGCAGGGAGUUCGCAAACUCUCAAGCCCUAGGAGGUCACCAAAAUGCUCACAAGAAGGAAAGGCAGUUACUAAAGCGUGCUCAAAUGCAGGCUGCUGCCACUCGGAACUCCAUGAUAUCGCCUUUUACACCUCCGCCACACCUCCUUGCUGCGGCGGUGUUACCAGCCGCUGCACCACCGCCACUGUAUCAUUCUGCUUUUUACAUGUCACAUGGAGGAGGAGGAGGAGGACCAGCCCCAUCGUAUAUGUUGCAAGGUAGCACGCACCAUUGUGGGACUGGUUCUGGGCAUGGACGGCGUUUAUAUACAGGAGAAGGAAGGGAGAGCAUGGCAGCCGCCAUGUCAGAUGAUAUCGGGGAUCAUGCCGGAGUUUUUUCGGUAGUGAGGCGGUUCACUGGAGAUGAUGGUGGACCUAAGAUUGAUAAUGGAUUAGGUCUUGAUUUACAUCUUCGUCUAGGAUCGUCUGUGCCAUAAAUUUUUCUAAAAAAAUUGUAUGGACUUGAUCAAGCUUAAAAUUUAUAGAAUUGAAGUUCUUGGGUUGAAAAUGUAAAGUUUUUUUUUUUUUGUUGAUAUUCAACGUUUUAAUUUCUUGAGUGAAGCAAUUAUGUAUGUAUGGAGUAUUAAACUUUUUUUCAAUUCUCAGCCUUGUUAAUGUCCCUAAA